AUGCCCGACUUCACUGAUAAACUCCGUCCAAGCCAGCCAGAUGGACCUGCAACCCUUGCCCGCGAACGAGAGCAAUCUAGUAUCUCAGUUGACGAGUUAGGACACCACCUAUUCUCGUCUGAUGGAUUUCUGGAGCGACAGGCUCGAAUUCUGCCCAUUUUACAAAGAGAGCCGCUUCUCGGAAAGGAUAAACAACAGACCCUUUCUCGGACAGACCGAUUCAAACUAGGGCUCGCCCGAGCAAAGCUGCUUCGUCGAUUGGUCGACCAACACCAAUGGAGUCAUGAUGAUUAUAAAAUGGCCGAGUAUCUUGUCAGCGAUGUUUCGCCAUAUUUCCUGCAUCUGGAGAUGUUCGUUACCACCGUCCGCGAGCAAGGCAACGAGGUUCAGCGAGCCCAUUGGAUGCCUCUGAUAGAAUCGUGGAAGAUCAUUGGAGCGUAUGCGCAGACAGAGCUCGGACAUGGUAGCAAUGUUCGAGGACUGGAGCUCCAGGCACGCUGGGAUCCCCAAACCCGCGAGUUUAUAUUGCAUAGCCCGACACUCACGGCCAGCAAAUGGUGGAAUGGCAGCUUGGGUCGAAUUGCCAAUCAUGCAAUUGUGGUUGCACAAUUACUUCUUCCCAAAUCUGAAUCUCCAGAUCAAUAUGUGUCACAUGGUCCUCAUCCAUUUAUUGUGCAAGUCCGAGAUAUGAAAACUCAUCAACCACUGGACGGUGUGGUAGUUGGAGAUAUCGGCCCCAAAUAUGGAUACAUCACUAUGGACAAUGCUUAUAUGCUUUUCAAUAACUUUCGAAUCCCCCACUCCGCUAUGCUCUCACGCUACUCAAGCGUGGACCCCAAGACAGGAAUCUACUCAAAACCAGCUCAGCCAGCCGUAGUCUACGGAUCAUUAACCUACGUCCGAGCUCAGAUAGUCGACCAUGCCCGACUCGUCCUCGCACGCGCAGUCACUAUCGCAGUCCGCUAUACAGCCAUCCGACGACAAUUCACAGACCGAGAUAGCAACACCCCUGGACCCGAAAUGUCCGUCCUCGAUUAUCCCACUGUUCAAAUUCGCAUUCUUCCUUUACUAGCUACUACAUUUGCCCUACACUACACCGGGCUCGCGAUGCGUCGCGUCUAUGAAAACGCACGACAAGACGUAGAGCGAGACGAUUUCCGCUCCCUAGCGCAUAUGCACAGUAUGUCAUCUGGGCUAAAGAGUCUUUGUACCAUGCUUGCUGCGGACGGGAUAGAGACCUGUCGAAGGGCUCUAGGUGGACAUGGCUUUGGGGGUGGAAGUGGGCUGAUUGAACUCAAUAAUGACUACUUAUCUAAGCCGACGGUGGAAGGGGAUAACUGGAUGAUUACACAACAGGUCGCUUCUUAUUUAAUUAAGAAGAUGGCUGGUGCUGUGGCAGCAUCUGAUACUCCGGGUGUGGAUGAGACGGAGGUUCGCUUCAAGGAGUAUAUUCGGACCGGACGUGGAUCUUCUCGUCAGGAAUAUCGUGUGUUGGAAAAUGAUCGAGAAAUCGCGAGGAGUUUUGAACUUCGUGCUACCGCUCUUGCAUAUGAUGCAUACGAGCAACGGGUUGUCAAGAAGAGAAGCUGGAAUAGUCUUCUCAUUCAACUGCAUAAACUGAGCAAAGCUCAAUCCCAGUCUAUUCUUGUGAACAGGUUUUUCGACGCUUUGUCGACCGAUGCCACACUGUCAAGUUCCUUGAGGGAUACUCUAUGGGACGUGUAUCGCCUCUUUGCCCUGAAUACAAUGGAAAACGAAGGAUAUGAUUUCUUCCGCUGCGGCGCCGUCUCUCAAUCCGAUCUUGACCUCUUACCAUCCCGAGUACAGGAUUUGAUGGCGAAAAUCCGACCACACGCUGUGAAGUUGGUGGAUUCGUGGAUGAUUCCAGAUUAUUUGCUCGACAGUGCGCUAGGACGGUACGAUGGACGCGUGUAUGAAGACCUUUUCAACCGAGCUCAUCGCCUAAACCCCUUGAAUGAAAUUACCUUCAACCCGAACUAUUGGGAGCAUGAAAUUGUCAAGGGGGGCGGAGAUGAUUGUUCUGAUAUAUUGGCAAAGCUGUAA